UCCGAAGCUCAGACCCAGGCGCAGGCGUACUCGUCUCCCUUCCAUCCUGCUUCCUCAGCCCUGGAGCUCAGCGGGGCUUGGGUGGGUCUCAACCGCGGCAGCACCGGCGGCGGCGAUAGUGACAGUGACUGCGUGAGACUCGGACGGAAAUGGCGAUGGCGAUGUCGGACAGUGGGGCGACCCGCCUGCGGCGGCAGCUGGAGUCGGGGGGCUUCGAGGCGCGGCUGUACGUGAAGCAGCUCUCGCAGCAGUCGGACGGGGACCGGGACCUGCAGGAGCACCGGCAGCGCAUCCAGGCGCUGGCGGAGGAGACGGCGCAGAACCUGAAGCGCAACGUCUACCAGAACUACCGGCAGUUCAUCGAGACAGCCCGCGAAAUCUCCUACCUGGAGAGCGAGAUGUAUCAGCUCAGCCAUCUGCUGACCGAGCAGAAGAGCAGCCUGGAGAGCAUCCCGCUCACUCUGCUGCCGGCGGCCGCCGCCGCUGGGGCUGCCGCGGCCUCCGGCGGGGAGGAAGGGGGAGGCGGCGCGGGGGUCCGAGACCACCUGCGGGGCCAGGCAGGCUUUUUCCCCACUCCCGGGGGCGCCUCCCGCGACAGUUCGGGUCCGGGCGAGGAAGGGAAGCAGCGCACUCUUACCACCCUGCUCGAGAAGGUGGAAGGCUGCAGGCACCUGCUGGAGACGCCGGGGCAGUACCUGGUGUACAACGGGGACCUGGUGGAAUACGAGGCCGACCACAUGGCCCAGCUGCAGCGGGUGCACGGCUUUCUCAUGAACGACUGUUUGCUGGUGGCCACCUGGCUGCCCCAGCGGCGGGGGAUGUACCGCUACAACGCCCUCUAUCCCCUGGAUGGCUUGGCCGUGGUCAACGUCAAGGACAACCCGCCCAUGAAGGACAUGUUCAAGCUGCUCAUGUUUCCCGAGAGCCGUAUUUUUCAGGCGGAAAAUGCUAAAAUCAAACGAGAGUGGCUGGAAGUGCUGGAGGAAACCAAGAGGGCCCUCAGUGAGAAAAGACGAAGGGAGCAGGAGGAGGCAGCGGCCCCUCGAGCACCACCCCAGGUGACUUCCAAGGCCAGUAACCCAUUUGAGGAUGAAGAAGAAGAUGAACCAGCCGUUCCUGAGGUAGAAGAGGAGAAGGUGGACCUCUCAAUGGAAUGGAUCCAGGAGUUGCCGGAAGACCUGGAUGUCUGUAUUGCCCAGAGGGACUUUGAAGGAGCUGUUGACCUGCUGGAUAAAUUAAACCAUUACCUGGAGGAUAAGCCCAGUCCACCUCCUGUUAAAGAGCUAAGGGCCAAGGUGGAUGAGCGUGUCCGGCAGCUCACGGAGGUGCUGGUGUUUGAACUCUCCCCAGAUCGUUCCCUGAGAGGUGGUCCCAAGGCUACACGAAGGGCAGUUUCUCAGCUGAUCCGGCUGGGCCAGUGCACAAAGGCCUGUGAGCUGUUUUUGAGAAACAGGGCAGCAGCUGUGCACACCGCAAUACGUCAGCUUCGCAUCGAGGGCGCCACUUUACUCUACAUUCAUAAGUUGUGCCAUGUCUUCUUUACCAGCCUUCUUGAAACCGCACGGGAAUUUGAGACGGAUUUUGCAGGCACAGACAGUGGCUGCUACUCUGCCUUUGUGGUCUGGGCGAGAUCAGCCAUGGGCAUGUUUGUGGAUGCCUUUAGCAAGCAGGUGUUUGAUAGUAAGGAGAGCCUCUCUACCGCGGCCGAGUGUGUGAAAGUGGCAAAGGAGCACUGUCAGCAACUGGGGGACAUCGGACUCGACCUCACCUUCAUCAUCCAUGCCCUUCUGGUGAAGGACAUCCAGGGGGCCUUGCACAGUUACAAAGAAAUCAUCAUCGAAGCCACUAAACAUCGCAACUCUGAGGAGAUGUGGAGGAGGAUGAAUUUGAUGACCCCAGAGGCCCUGGGCAAGCUCAAAGAGGAGAUGAAGAGUUGUGGGGUCCGAAACUUUGAGCAGUACACCGGGGAUGACUGCUGGGUGAACCUGAGUUAUACCGUGGUUGCCUUCACCAAACAGACCAUGGGCUUCUUGGAAGAAGCCCUGAAGCUCUAUUUCCCAGAGCUGCACAUGGUACUUUUGGAGAGCCUGGUGGAAAUCAUUUUGGUUGCCGUGCAGCAUGUGGAUUACAGCCUUCGAUGCGAGCAGGAUCCGGAGAAAAAGGCUUUUAUCAGACAGAAUGCAUCCUUUCUCUAUGAGACCGUCCUCCCUGUGGUAGAGAAGAGGUUUGAAGAAGGCGUGGGGAAACCCGCCAAGCAACUCCAGGACCUGAGGAAUGCAUCCAGACUUAUUCGUGUGAACCCUGAAAGUACAACGUCAGUGGUCUGAUGCCCGUGUCUCUGUGUCUGUGUAUGCCUAUAUAUUGCUUAUACAUUAUUUAUAUUUAUAUUAAGUUGCAUUAGCAUAUUCUUUAUAGUCUUAAACACAGAUCAAAAAUAAAAGAUGCCCUCUCAAAUAGAAAUGAAGAAUCAGAAGGAAAAAGAAAAAAAAGUUAAAAUUAAGCCAAAAUAACAAAACAUUGGAAUUAUUAAAAUACACACUUUCCAUUUAAAUUAUGCUAACUCUCUAAUGAAUAUGUUGUCACACUACAGCAUUUCAGUGUAUCCUUUUGGGUCAAAACACACUUCCUUCCAGUCUAUAUUAUGCAGCUCAGAGAAAUCGUAUCUAUAAAUACGUAGAGUUUAAGUAUGUCGUGAGGUUUCCCAGUUCGCUAAAAUUUUAAGGCUCUUAAAAGAGUACAGUGCCAU